ACCCUAAACCCUGCUCUUUCUAGAGUGUUCCUUCAACAUUUAUAAAAUCUGAGCACAUCUCACAACCUUCUCUUGUUCAUUCUCUCAAACACUACUUCAUUCUAGUAUCUUCUUCUCCAAUCUCUCUCUCUCCUCCGCCGUUGAUUUCAUCAUGUUUCGCGCAGCCGCCGCUCUCGCCUCUCGUGCUCGCGCUAACAGCACUACCCGUGCUAUUGGUGGUAGGUUGAAUUGGAGCAGAAAUUAUGCAGCUAAAGAAGUAAGAUUUGGUGAGGAUGCUCGUAAAUCUAUGCUUAGAGGUAUUGAAGAGCUUGCUGAUGCUGUUAGAGUUACCAUGGGACCUAGGGGGCGUAAUGUUAUAAUUGAGCAAAGUUUUGGUGCUCCUAAAGUGACAAAAGAUGGUGUAACGGUUGCGAAAAGUAUCGAAUUCAAGGACAGAUACAAGAACUUGGGUGCUAGUCUUGUUAAACAAGUUGCCAACUCUACCAAUGAUGUUGCUGGGGAUGGAACAACCUGUGCUACAGUUCUUACCCGAGCAAUAUUGAUUGAGGGAGUAAGGUCAGUUGGAGUAGGAAUGAAUGCGAUGGACCUUAGAAGAGGUAUGACUUUGGCAGUCGAUGCUGUUGUAACUUACCUGAAAAGUAGAGCAAGGAUGAUCAGCACCUCGGAAGAGAUUGCACAGGUCGGUACUAUUUCAGCUAAUGGGGACAGAGAAAUUGGUGAGAUGAUCGCAAAGGCGAUGGAGAAGGUUGGCAAGGAAGGAGUUAUCACAAUCCAAGAUGGCAAGACAUUGUUUAAUGAACUUGAAGUUGUUGAGGGCAUGAAGCUUGACAGGGGUUACAUUUCUCCCUACUUUAUUACCAACCAAAAAACCCAAAAAUGUGAAUUGGAUGAUCCACUUAUUUUGAUCCAUGAGAAGAAAAUUGGCAGUGUCAAUGCUGUUGUGAAAGCUCUAGAAAUGGCGUUGAAGAGACAAAAGCCGUUGUUGAUUGUCGCCGAAGAUAUUGACAGCGAGGCCUUGGCAACUCUUAUAUUGAACAAGAUCCGAGCUGGACUUAAGAUCUGUGCUGUUAAAGCCCCUGGUUUUGGAGAGAAUAGGAAAGCCAAUUUGCAGGAUCUUGCAACCCUUACCGGUGGAACGGUUAUAACUGAAGACCUUGGUAUGAAUAUGGAAAAACUUGAUAUUGAUAUGCUUGGUUCAUGCAAAAAGAUCACUGUCUCAAAGGAUGACACUGUGAUUCUUGAUGGUGCGGGUGAUAAAAAGGACAUUGAGGAAAGAUGUGAACUGAUCAGGUCUGGUAUUGAACUAAGCACAUCCGAUUAUGACAAGGAGAAGUUAGAGGAGAGGCUUGCUAAGCUAUCUGGUGGAGUUGCUGUUUUGAAGAUUGGAGGAGCUAGUGAAGCUGAGGUUGGUGAAAAGAAGGAUAGAGUUACAGAUGCUCUAAAUGCCACUAAAGCUGCUGUUGCAGAAGGUAUUGUACCCGGUGGUGGUGUAGCACUUCUUUAUGCUUCAAAGGAAUUGGACAAGCUACAGACCGCUAACUACGAUCAAAAGAUUGGAGUACAGAUCAUCCAAGCUGCACUUAAGACCCCUGUUUACACCAUCGCUUCAAACGCUGGUGUGGAGGGAGCUCUUAUCGUUGGCAAGCUAUUAGAGCAGGACAACGAGGAUCUUGGUUAUGACGCUGCUAAAGGCCAAUAUGUAGAUAUGGUCAAAUCUGGAAUUAUUGAUCCAUUGAAGGUUAUUAGGACUGCUUUGUCUGAUGCUGCUAGUGUGUCAUCCUUGAUGACAACAACAGAGGCUGUCAUUGUCGAGGCACCCAAAGAUGAGAAGGAUGCAGCUCCUGCAAUGGGCGGUAUGGGUGGUAUGGGCGGCAUGGAUUACUGAGGGGCUGAUUGAAAUACUCAAAAGAAACAUUUUUCUUGCUGGAUUUUGUUGUUGCUCUUACUAGGUUAGGAAGGAAAUUUGUAAAACAUAGUGCGAGAAAAUAGUUUUGUAGGGUGGCCUGCAAAUGCAAGAGAAUAGCCAUAUUUUGAUUGGAUUUGAAAAUGAACUCCAAUAAUUAUUUCAUUGGAUAACCAUAUAUGGGGCAGGGAGCUGCUAAGUGCAGAUUCCUGCUAAAAUUGAUUCAGACGCUAUGCUGUUGCUCACUGUUUGGAAAUACAAACUGGAAAUCAAUUGAUUCUAAAAUAAACUGGAAAUACAAACUGUUUUUGUACUGACUAUA